AUGGCUGAUGCUGUCUCUGAGAAUAUCUCAGAAACCAUCAAGGACCUGAACAUGGAGGAGAGCAUAAAGGAGACCUGGAUAUACGUACAAGAGAAGUUUGCAGAAGCAGCAGCCAAUGCAGAAGCAGAUCAAGGACUAUAUCUGGCAUACGGUGCACUGCUAACCAUGGCAUUGAUCCCAAUCUAUUUUGGAUGUAUGCUCUCGCUGGCACCAAAGAGUCAGGAUAAAAAAAAUUGA